GAUCAACUGGUAGCAGCUGCAGAUCAUUACUUGAGCGCCAUCGAUGGAAAGUCGAAGGAAUUUGCUGGUGUGACUUACACAGUUCUGAAGGAGAAGAUCAGCUCAGUCCAUGCCUGUGGAUACUUUGACAAGCCGUCUGUGGAACCUGCAUCAGAGGCACCUGUGGAAGCUGUUGAAGCUCAGGUGGAAGAGUUGCAAGCUGAGGUUCCUGUAGAAGAAUCCGUCCCAGUGCCCGAAGUGGUCAACCCUACAUUCCAGGCUCCUCAAGGACAACCACCUCAGUCCGAACUGCCAAUUCAGCAACCACCUCAGCCAACUCCUGAUGGUGGAUUAUACUAUACUAAUGUCAAUCCUGCUGCUGUCUACUCAGACGCGGCCCUUCCAGUUCCUCAGCAUCAAAUACCAGUGCAACCACAAGUCCAGGUUCCCCUUAGACCACAUGAUGUUAUCAAUUCUGUCACAAGUGGAACCUUCAACUUCCUGCAGGAGUCUGAACUGGAUUCACCUGACCCAUCACUACCCCAACCUUCACAUCAAAUGCCACCAUCUGCAAUUCCAACACAGACUUUCACUAAUCAGAAUUUCCCUGGCCAAGUCAAUCCCCCACCGGCAUCUGCUGUUCCCAUGUUCCACCCUCAACAUCAACCACCCCCUCACAUUCAGCCUGUUCACACUCUUCCUGGUGAAAAUUUCAGUGCUGCUAAUCAAAACGCCCUCCCCAUCCCUCAAUCUCAUCUGCCCCCUGUCUCACCACCUAAUGCAGGUAACCCCCCACCUGGCAUGCCAUACCAACAGCAAAUGUACAGCCCUCAUUCAGACCGUUACGACCAGUCAAGAAAUGAGCAUGUGAAUGACAACCAUGUUGACUCUUCACAAGCAGAGCAGACUACACAGUCUACUCCACCCCAGAAUAUCAAUAACAAAUGGCCCAAUGAUACUGAUGACUGGAACAACCAGAACAAUGAUGACUGGAAUUCUCAGAACCAGAAUGAGUGGUCCCAAACUUCAAACAACAAUGAUGGUGGCUAUCAGACUCAGCGGAGAGACAGAGGGGACCGUGAUCAGCGUGGCAGAGGGAAGCCACGCGGCACCUUCAAUGGUUACGGUGGUCGCGGCCGAGGUGGCAAUGAUAGGCCGUACCAGAAUGACCGACAGCAAGGUGGCUACUAUCGCAACAACAAUGGUGAGGGUGGUACCUUCUACCAGAACGGCUACAACAAGGACGGACAAGGUGGCUACAGAGGUGGACGAGGUGGUGGCAUGGAUCGGCCGAGGCCUAACCGCGGCGGCAUGGACAGAGGAGGUCCAAGAGGUGGCCCACGAGGAAACUCGCGAGGACGCGGUGGCGGCGGAUUCAGGGGAGGCCAAUCAGGCCAAGGGGUACCGACCGGUGGUCCGGGGCCUAAGCAGUAGUGCAUCCGAGCACACAAGACACGACCGACUCAAUAGUCAGCUUCCACAGCAUUUUGGCUGACAGCUGCAACAUGGCUUUGGACCAGUCUCAAUAAUGUGAACUUUCUGUUAAUCGUAUUUCUUAACUAUUGUUUGUUAGCAUUGUAUAUCAUGUUAAAAAGUUCCUUAUAAUUAUUUUUAAUUCCCACGACUGGCUGGCCUCCAGCAAAAGAAGCACACUUGCACUUUUAUGAAGACUUCUGACUGUGUUUGUUUAGCUGGAGUAUGUAGUCUAUCUCUUGAAAUGGGCUGUGUAUGCUUGAGGUUAGCCAAUCAUACAGCAUGGCUUAGCUCAACAUCUAAAGUAUUCAACUGCCAUCAGCAGUAUCCCACAUGGCAGCAAUAAUAUGCAACUCCAGUGAAAUAUGGAACAAUUUUUAUUUUAUAAAAAGUACAAAAAAACAGUAUACAUUAUUCCAAAAAAAAUGUAAAAAAAAAUAGGCAAUGUAUUUCUGUGCUAAGUGCCAGGCGUAGCAUUUUGUGUGGAGACUGCAGUUCAGUUUUAAAGCAUGGGAAUAUUCUAGCAGGAAUGUUAAUUGUUGCUGUUCAAACCUAUUGCUGUCUACAUUCUACAUUUCCAUUGUAUGCUUUUUUUUUUCUUUGUAUUUAAUGAAUGUGAUAAUUCAUUCUUUAUUGUUGAUAUUUAGUUGUUUCCACUGCCGAUCCACAAGUGAAACAUCUUCCAUCAUAAUAAAAGUACUUUGCAACAGAA